GCAGCUGCAGGAGGGUAUUCACUUGGAUCCAUGGCUGGAGUCAGGGCUGAGCUGCUUCUGGCACUGGUGCUGCUGCUGACUGGGACUCUGCUGCUGGUUCCAGUACGGGGAUGGACCCACAUCAACGAAACUCAACUUAUAAGUUUAUUCGGCUCUGGCGUGUUGAGUCAAUCAGAGCUCGUUUCACCGGCCUUUGGACGGACAGAUGAUGGCAGUGACUCCGGAAGGGACCAGGGCAUUCCUGAAGAUGACAGCAGUGACUCUGGAAGGGAUGAGGGCAUUCCUGAAGAAGAAAUUCCAAAGGAAGAAACUUUUGAACCUGUAGGUGGGUCCCCCCUUGAAAACCUUGGCUGGGGCCGGGGAUUCCUGGGUGAAGAUGAUUUAUUUAAUCCUGACAAAUUUGAAGUUGACGCCCCUCCAAGAGGCUGGAUCACAAGUGAAGAUGGUGAACUCCCCGAGGAUUAUGUAGACCCCCCUCCAAGAGCCUGGGAAAGCAAUACUGAUGGUGGAUUCCAGGUGGAAUAUGUCGAGCCCCCUCCAAGAACCUGGAACGGCAAUACUGAUGGUGGAUUCCAGGUGGAAUAUAUAGAUAGCCCUUCAAAAUUAUGGGACAACGAUGCUGAUGAUGAAUUUGACAUGGAAAUUGUGGAGGCCCCUCCAAGGAGCUGGACCAGCCAUACCACUAGUUCUUCUGGGUUACAAGUGGCUUGUAGUGAAGCUGGCUUCAAGAUUACUCUGCCGGGUUCACUAAGUGACGUUAAAGUUUUGGGCACAAAGGAGCUGCUGCCGGUCAUGGAGGCUCGAGAGUCUUGUGGUUAUGAAGUGGACUCUUUGCGUAACACCUUGACCGUACCCUUCACUGGGUGCAAUGUGAAACAUACUGAUGGCUACAGCCUGCAGCUGUUGUAUGUUGAUGAGUUGGGACAGACUCAAGUUUCUACUGCAUCCUGUAAGGAAAGCCCCUCGUUGCUUCCUCGCACCCCCACCGGCAAACCUAAAUCAAAAUGUGACACAAUUUCAGCAAAGGCACAAAAUUGUGCUGUUGCAUCGGGAGAGCGGGUGCCUUGUGGUCAAACAGGAAUAUCUUCAAUAGAGUGUGAGAAGCUGGGAUGCUGUGUGGAUUCGUCUACCUGCUUCUAUCCACUUGAUGAGUGCACUGGUGAUCAACACUUUGUUUUCGCCGUUCGCCACGACGGCACACCCGCCCCUGUGGACCCCACCAAGCUCGUUAUUCCUGGGCAUCCAAACUGUAAACCAGCCAUUGUGAAUGCCCAGGUUGCCAUCUUUAAGUUCAAAGUUACAGAAUGUGGAGCUCGUGCUUAUGUAGUUGGUGAGACAAAAAUCUACCUGGCAGAAGUGCAGAGUGUUAUCCAGGCCCUGAACCUAAAGUAUGGUGCCAUUACAAGAAGUGAUCCACUGAGGUUCUUUGUUGAAUGCCGCUACAGCAAAUCAGGAGGCACUGCUCCUGGCACGUCACUGGCCAGUAUUGGCUACCUGGUCAAGACACCGACUUCAGUCUUGCCAUCGACAGUCAGCUACACCGGCUUAUAUGGCGUUGCACUGAAAAUUGCUACAGAUCAGACCUAUUCAACGUUCUUGGCUAAUGACCAUGCGCCCUUGUCACUGCUCCUGGGCAAGCCAGUGUAUCUUGAACUGCGCCUGAAGUCCCCAAAGCCAGAUGCAGUAGUUCUGGUCAAUUACUGUCUAGCUUACCCUCGCUCUGCAAAGAAUGCUCUUGUACUGGUUUAUGAAGGGUGUGCCAAUCCUUAUGAUCCAAGUGUGUCCGUCCUUCAAAUCAGUGGCGACCCGAAAGUUCGUAACAAGAGACGCUUCGUGGUCAAAGCUUUUCAGUUUAUGGAUCAAAAGACAAACAAGUACCUGAAUGAAGAGAUCUAUUUCAUGUGCUCUACAGAAGUUUGUAGGACAACAGAAAAAACUUGUCCUGAACGGUGCUUUGAUGGAAAUACACCAUAAGGAGUUCCAUCUGAAGAUGCUAAGAAAUGAAUAAUGACAUGAAAAAUAAACUUUUUAUACUGGAACAUGUUUGAUUUAAAA